AUGUCGACUGACGCGGCGCGCGGCUGGCUGAGGAGGAGAAACGGAGGAACGAGAGCCUGGCGUCCUUCCUACAGACCGCCCACGCGGGCGACAAGGGCCCUGCUCAGGGCUACGCCCAUGCCCAUCUUGGUGGACAAGCAGAACUGCUGCGUUGUGGGCGGCGACCCAGAGCUGGAGGGCGAGGCGCUCGUCGCCGUCCACGGGGACCUUCGGGAAAGCUGCCUCGACGACGUGCGACUGGCGGGCCGCCCCGUGACGCUUGCGGGCGGCGAGGGCGGCGACAGGAGGAGCCAAGGGGGCCAGGAGGAGCGAGGCUGCCCCGCCCCGGACCUGUGCACCAACACCUCGUGCCUGCCCCCCCUCUCCUGCCACAGCUCCUGGGCUCACGCGUCCUGCAGGUCGGUUGGGGGCGCGAGAUGGAUUGCAGGCCGGGGGAAGGAAGGCCACGGCGCUGAUGUCGAACAAAGUGGAACAAUUACCUUUUCAAUAUUUUCUGCGGGCCUGGACACCACCUCGUGGGCCGAGCCUGCCGCGACGUGGACGAGUGUGCGUAUGAGCCUUGUCUGCACGGCGGUACCUGUUACAACCUGGUCCCUGGUUACCGAUUCCAUGUUGCAGAGAGGUUGCAUUGAUGACUGUGUGACUGGAGUGCAAAUGCAAUGUGCACAGACAGAGACGAAGUGUUAA